AUUGAAGCGUCUAAAAUAUAUUGAUUCUAUUAAUUCAUAUCCCUAAAACUUUUCAGAAACAAAACCUAAAGCAAAAAGAUAAAUUGUUUCUGAUUUCAUACCUCUAUGGUGAUAAUUGCUUCUCUACCAAAACAUCAAAUCAAACCACAAUUUCUAUCAAAUUAUUGCAACACAAACUUCAUAUCAUAUAACUUUUUUAAUCAUUUCUGAUUUCAUAUCAACACAAACUCCAUACAUUUAAUAAAAAUAAAGUAAUACACACAUUAGGUUACUAGGUUGGUUUAAAACCAAACCGAAAAAUUAACUUAAGCCGAUUGGGUUGUAGAAUAAUUUGGUUUGUAUUGGUUUAAAUUUGAUUGCUACGUUCGUUUUAAUGAGCUUAAUUUGUUUUAAAAUGUAAAGAUAUGGACUUUAAAACCAAAACCAUUGUGGGCUUUAAUGUAAUAGCCCACAAAACAGUACCAUUUAAAAAGAGGGGUGAAAAAACCAAAUCCUCUAAAAACCAUAGCCUACUAGUAGAUGAAGAACUAUACAGCUCCUCCUCCUCCUCCAUCGUUUUCGUCGCUUCCAUAUGAAAUCAUCGCGAAUUGCUUAGCCCGCGUCUCGAAAUCCCAAUACAGUUCCAUAAGCUCAGUCUCCAAGAGCUUCCACUCUCUCCUCUCUUCUCCGGAGAUAUACGCAGCUCGAUCUCAAAUCGGAGCCACAGACCCUCGCCUCUAUUUAUGUUAUGAAAGCUUAAGGACGGCGACCCGUUGUUACAGCUGGUACAAUCUCAUGAGUCUCGAUGAUGAUGAUGAGAUGAUCAAAAAAGGAGACGCGUUUAUCAGCAUAGACGGGGCUGAAAUUGAAAUGAAGACUGAGUUGAGGUUAGUACCUGUUAAAGACUCUUCCUUUCAUUUACGUGCUCGAUCUAAAGAAGCAAAUUUAGCUGUUGGUUCCGAGAUAUACCAAAUCGGCGGAAUCAACAAGAAGGGCAAGCGAUCUCGAUCCGUCUGUGUGCUCGAUUGCCUGAGUCACACGCAACGUCGUGCUCCUAGGAUGAGGGUUGCAAGAGAAUGCGCGAAAGCUUGUCUUUUAGACGGGAGUAUAUAUGUAAUGGGAGGAACCAGAAAGUGUGAGAGUUGGGGUGAAGUUUUCGACUUAAAGUCUCAGACUUGGAAGAAAGAGCUACUUCCUAGCCCUACUGGUGGUGAUGUAUUUGAUUGUAAAUUCGAACUCCUUGUCCUUGGGGCAAAGAUAUACGUUAUCACCGAGCAUAACAAGUAUGCUUAUGAUCCUAAACAAGGAAGAUGGUUGCUGCUGCUAGAGAUGGGUUUUGCGGGUCUAGAAUGGAUACUAGAAACAUGUGGGGUUUGGUGCGUUCUAGAUAAUCUAGUGUUUAAGGAGUUCAGCGAUGAUUUGUUCUGGUAUGAUGUGAGCUGUGGAAAGUGGGUAAUUGUUGAGGGUUUGGAAGAUCUGUGCAAUACCAAGGAGGAAUAAGCCGCCUGUUAUUCGAGAAGAGAAAACUUGCUUUGCCGUGAUUAGGUUGGAGAAGCGUCUGACUCCAUCUGGACUUGCUAUUUCGGGAGAGAUUGAACGGUUGAGCUUCUCUCUUGUUCACGGCUCAUAUAAUCCCUUGACAUGUUUAUCCGUCUCUCUUUGAUUAUCCUCUCUUACUUUAAGUUUGGAAUUGAGUGAAAUUUUUUUUCACUUUGUUUUGUAAUCUUUUUAAUUUAUGUUAGUUGUUUUUUUACUUCA